GAACGCGGGGCGGGGGCUGCGGGACGCGGCGGAGCGGUGUAGGGGGAGCACCGCCGGGGGAGCGCUGUGAGCGGCGGACGCGGCCCUGCGCAGGGAUGAGCGCGGCGGUACCCGCGGUGCUGUGCUUGAAAAAGGGAACAUUCCUAAAGCAAGUGUUUGCUCUCAGCCGAGCAGCAACACCAAGAGAAAGUCGUCUGUGUGCUGCAGGUGAUGCACUUGUGGGUUACCACAGACACUACAAAUCCCGUCCUACCCAUGGCAUUGGGAAGUAUAAACAUCUGCUCCCAAAGGAGGUUCCAAAGAGAAAAAGGGAUAGAGUACAGAUGAAAGAGAUAAAUGUUGGGACUGAAUAUGAGUACGGAGAUAUUAACAUCCAGAUGACUUCCUAUGAUAUGUGUCUCGUGGAGCAUUUUGCUCAAUAUGUGCAUAAGCUCUGCAACCAGUUGUCCAUUAGAGUGAAUGAAAGCUACGCGAUGCCCACCAAAACCAACGAAGUGCUGUUCUUGGAAGAGCGAGGUUCCAAAAUGCAGCUGGAUGCAGUCCUCACCACCCACCAGAGGGUUGUCCAGAUCAGCAGAUUGAGCUCAACGUUUGCUCCAAUACUCUUGGAAAUUAUUCAGAGUAAUCAGCCUGAAGGGGUCCAUCUGUUAAUGAAAGAGCACACAGAAACGGACUUCAAGAGCCGAUUGAAGGCCCGACCAGAACUCGAAGAGCUGCUGGCCCAGGUGAGCUGAGCUGGUGGAGAACACUCUGUCCAUUUCAGAGCUAUCCCUGGGAGUGUGAGGCUGAUCUUCCUCAGCUGCUCAAGCCUCCAGAAAGUUGAGGCCUUUGUGAGGUCUGUAGUGACAAGGAGAAAUUUCCAUUGUUGUGAAGUGUCUCAUCUUAAUAAGGACAAAUACAUAUGUUUAUUUCUAA